CCAGAGAGGCUGUUAACCUCGAUAAAAGCAGCUCUCGGUUAUUCUUCCUCACAGACCUCAGUUGAUAUGUGGGAAUGGCAGAUUUUGAGUCUGGUGGGCUUCAUCUUUUUAGGUCUUUUCCUCUUUGCUGUAGGCUAUAUCUUGUACUCCGGACUGACCAGUGAAAUUAUCAUCAAGACUGGUUUAUCCCCGGUCAGGAGCAUCACUGUAGCCUAUAAAUACAGGACAGGAGCUUAUAAAGACUGUGGCUCAGUGUUCAGAGAGAGCAGCAGCAUUGGACCCAAGCUGUCAUGCAUUGGGAUCUUCUAUGACGACCCAAAGAAGGUUCCAGCUCAGAAGUGCCGCUAUGCUGUAGGCAGUAUUUUGAGUGAAGGUGAGGACCGACCGAAUGAAGAACAGCAGAAGCUUUAUGAGAAUCACGGCUUCCGGGUUUUCUCAUUUCCAGAGGUCACACAUGUUGUCACGACCUCCUUCCCUCACCGAACCCCUCUCUCUAUUUUCCUGGGAGUGCAGAGGGUUUAUCCACAGCUCAACUACUACAUCAAGGAAAGGAAGUUGUGUGCACAUCCAUUUCUGGAGAUCUAUCGAGGGGGAACGAUCCACUAUAUGAGUCCGCUGGCCCGGCAGGGGGAUUUCUAUGUUCCUGAAGUUAGAGAAGCCCAAAGAUGGUUGCCGGGAAAAGCACCUGAAGAGGACGAGAGGACGGACAUCACAGGUGCUGAUUCCAACAGCGAGCGCAGUUCUUCUGUGAGCCAGCAGGAUGCUUCACCUGCCCCGUCCAGCACACGGACACACUCGCACCCGGACAGACAGCAAUACUGGGACUUCGAUCGUGUGGAGAGAAGCGACACCUCCAGCGUCUCUUCCUUCGAGGAGCUGGAGCUGGAUUCAGACAGGUGUGAACACGCUCUUCCAGACCUCGCAACAGGCGGAAAACACAACCUGCAGGACCAGGACAGAGAGAUCAUGGUGGAGGAAGAGUAGGAGAGAAUUGUGGGAUGUUGUUGACUUUGAGUUGUAUGGUUCACUCAGAAAUCAAAGUUCUGUCAUUGUUUUUGUUCUUCUAAAGGGCUAUAUUCAUAUUACAUGUUUGACAUGUAUUCAAAUUUUAGUUCCAUUUUA